ACAACUAUAUCCCCAUAUCUCUCUCUUUCACUGUUUCCUUUUUUUUUUUUUUGGUUUGUGUUGUGUUGUGCUUCAUCCUAAAAUCUAGCUCAAUGGCUGUCUCUGGUUUUGAAGGCUUUGAGAAGCGUCUCGAGCUCCACUUCUUUGGAGAUGACCCUGUUGUGAAUGACAUGGGUCUUAGGCAGCUGGAGUUCGAGUCACUAGAACAAGUCUUGCAUGCCGUGCAAUGCACCGUGGUCUCGGCCGUAGGCAACCCCUUCUUCGAUGCCUACGUCUUAUCGGAGUCCAGCCUCUUUGUCUACCCGACCAAGAUCAUCAUCAAGACCUGUGGGACCACCCAGCUCCUCAAAUCCAUCCGUCCAUUGCUCCACUACGCACGCCACCUCGGCCUCACUCUAUGCUCCUGCCGCUACACUAGGGGUAGCUUUAUCUUCCCCAAGGCUCAGCCCUCUCCACACUCUAGCUUCAAAGAAGAAGUCAUCUGCUUGGAAGAGAGCCUCCCUGGCAAUCUUUGCUGUAGAAAAGCCUCAGUCAUGCCUUCCAAAACCCCCUCUCAUUCUUGGCAUGUUUUCACUGCGAGCGACGACAAUCACAUGGUGGUCCCCCCGCAUGCUCCCGACGUGUUAUAUACCCUCGAAAUCUGUAUGACCGAGCUCGACCGUGUCCUCGCUCGCAAGUUCUUUCGGCGUCCCGGCGACGAGAAGACCGGCGACACGGCCGGGAAAGAGAUGACCCAGCUGACCGGUAUCGGAGACAUCCACCCCGGUGCUCUUAUUUGCGACUUUGCAUUCGAUCCCUGCGGUUACUCCAUGAAUGGUAUUAUUGACGGCGACCGCUACUCCACCAUUCACGUAACCCCGGAGGACGGUUACAGCUACGCCAGCUUCGAGUGCGUGGGGUCCAUUUACGACGAUCAUGAUGACGUUGUCCAGGUUUUGAAGAAGGCGGUUCAAGUGUUCCGGCCGGCGACGAUGUCUGUAUCGACUACAUGCACUAGCCAUGAGGUGUGGACGAGGGUGGCGAGCGCGCUCGAGCCGCUUGGAUUGAAAUGCCGGAGUUGCGCAAUGGAUGACUUCCCCGCGGCCGGGAGUGUCGUGUUUCAAACGUUUACGACUCGCCGGAAGUAAGCCAGAAAAAUACUAAAAAAAUAAAAAAGAAAAAAAAAAUGAACAGUGGUGGUUGUGGUGGUGGUAGAUAUGGAAGGAGCGAAAGAGAGUUAAUUAGAGAGGUAGAAUUAGUAGAAAAAAAUUGUAGGGAGGGUGAUUUGUGAUGAUGGAUGAUGUGGAAGAAUGUGAUUGGGUAAUGGGGAUGAUGAAUGUGGGGUUGACUUGUGUAGAAAGAUAAA